UGCCUCCGACUUCCGCUUUCUUUCCUUUCUCCGCCAUCGGUUGUCGGGCUGCGUGCGGCCUGCUCCUUCGCCAUGUCGUCCCACAAGACAUUCAGGAUCAAGCGAUUCCUUGCCAAGAAGCAGAAGCAGAAUCGGCCUAUCCCCCAGUGGAUUCGCAUGAAAACUGGCAAUAAGAUCAGGUACAACUCCAAAAGGAGACACUGGAGAAGGACGAAGCUGGGCUUGUAAAGAAAAGCACAUCUAAUGGCACGCAUAUUUAUCCUAUCCCGAGUUUCAUUUGUCUUUUGCAAGCAUUUCACUAAAACGCAGAUAGAAAAUGUAGCUAGUAACGGAGGCGUUCUGGCUAUCUUUUCAGGCAUUGGCUGUAUCAGAUUGGGAAAUAAAUGUGUGUGAUCUUUUGAAA